AUGGCUGAUUCUGCACCUCAAGCUACUCCGAUGGUGGAGAGCACCAAGCGAAAAGUGGCGCAUUCCGAUGAACACGGGUUUUCAGACCAGGUCCGCGUGCCAAAUGUGAUUGUCAUGGUUGGUUUGCCGGCACGCGGCAAAACAUACAUCUCGAAAAAAUUGUGUAGGUAUCUGAAAUGGACCGGCUUCAAGACGAAAGUGUUCAACGUCGGCGAGUAUCGUCGAACCGAGGCGAAUGCUGCCGACGCGGUGCAUGGCGCGAAUGCCUCAUUCUUCAGUCCCGACAACGCCGAUGCUCUACGAGUCCGAGCGGAAUCCGCGCGAAGGGCAAUGGAGGAUAUGGCGGAUUAUCUGAACAGCGCGGCCGGCAAUGUGGCGAUAUUCGACGCCACCAAUACCACCAAAGAGCGCCGAAAACUGCUCAUCGAUUUUUGCCGCCUUAAAAGAUUCCGCUGUUUUUUCAUUGAAUCGGUUUGCGACGAUCCGGCGAUCAUCGACAGCAACGUGACCGAUGUCAAGGUCAAUUCGCCGGAUUACAAAGGUGUUAUGAAUGCCGAGCAGGCGAAAGAGGAUUUCAUGAAUCGCAUCGAAAACUAUAAGAAGCAGUAUGAGCCGCUCGAAGAAUCUGAAAAUGAGCAUAUGAGUUUUAUAAAGGUGAUCAAUGCUGGCAAAUCGUUCAAAGUGCAUCAAGUUCGGGGGCAUGUGCAGAGUCGUGUGGUGUAUUUCUUGAUGAACAUUCACUUGCUUCCGAGAAGCAUUUAUUUGACACGCCACGGCCAGAGCGAGUACAACGCGAUGGGACGACUCGGCGGCGAUUCGCCGUUGACGAGCAACGGGCAACAAUAUGCGUUGGCGCUCGCCGAGUUUUUCGAUCACGAGCAAGUGCCCGGCCUUCGGAUUUGGUGCUCGCAGAAGGUUCGAGCCGCGCAGACGGCGCAACAUCUUAAGCCCGACUUCCACACGGAGUAUUGGAAGGCGCUGGAUGAAAUCGACGCGGGCAUCUGCGAGGGAUUGACUUAUGAUGACAUUCAGCAAAGGUAUCCGAAGCAGGCUGAUGAUCGUGCCAAGGACAAAUAUCACUAUCGAUAUCCGUCUGGAGAAUCGUAUGAAGACGUUGUCUCAAGAUUGGAGCCCGUGAUCAUGGAGCUUGAGAGACAGGCAAAUGUGCUGGUGGUCUCGCAUCAGGCUGUGCUCCGCUGCAUUCUCGCCUACUUCUACGAUCGGCCACUCUCGGAACUACCUUAUAUUGAUAUACCGCUUCAUUCGUUGGUGAAGCUCACGCCGAGAGCUUAUCAUUGUGAUUCGACGAUUUAUUCGUAUGACGUUGACACGAAAACGUGGACCGAAACUAGUGCGCAACUUCCUCUCUGCGAUAGCCCUAGAGAUUAA